CUGCAUCAGAGCAGUACAAACGCGCCAAAUCUUAAACUAAUUUUUUAAAGGGUAGGUCGUAAUCUAGGUACUAAUGUUGUCCUGUGGUCCCUGAUCCAGACCCGCGUUUUCCGUCCGAUAUGGAGUCAUUCGACAACCUCUGCCAACUGCCCAUCCUGAGUGAGGAAUCGAACUGGAAAAUGAGGGGAUUGCGUCUUUUCUGCGACCGGUGGGAGCUGUGCUACCUAAACCGUGUCUUAAUGGUCAAGGAGCCAAACGUUCGCACGACAGGAUGCUUUGUGGGGAGGCUGAAGGGGGGGCCAACCCUCACCGAAAACUACAUUGCAGAGGUGAAGGAUUUGUUUGACGGUGACAAUGGGUUUGAAUUUUUUAAACCCCUUCUGAUCCGAAGAAAGGCGGUGUGGCGAGAGCUGGGGUUCUUCUUCAUAACAACAGAGGAGGAAGGGUCCACACCGAGUCAAGUAAGGACUCUUGCAACGAAACGGAAUGCAUUCAAGGAAACAGUCCUCAAUAUGAAUUUUGAUGAAACUCCAAAGAGUCAUCUUGAAGAGGUCCUGGAAUCACGCAACGUUGGGCCGUGCAUAGACGCGUUCUAUGCACACCUCUCCAGGAGAAAUACGCCCAUACUCUACGCCGCAAACGUAGAUCCAUUAGAACUUGGAAGGGCGCAAAAGAAGGCGCUCAACCUUGAAAUUGCAGAAAACGUAAGCAUGGGCAAAAUGGAUUCGCUCAUCAAGUACCUUGUGGGUGACGAGUUUCCAGGCAUUGUCACCCCCACAUUGUACGUAGGCAACGAGGCGUCUCCAUUCCAGUGCCAUCAUGAAGACGUCUCUUUUGAAGCCGUCAAUAUGCAUGUCGCCGGUGCUCCCAAGAUCUGGUUAGUCAUAUGAUAUAUUCUGACAGGGUGUGCGGAAGGGAAGGUGGGGUACCAUGUGACACUUUUAGGCGGAUGCCCGCCAACACGAAACUAACAAUUGUACGGAUCCAUACUGCUCCUGCCGACAAAAAGGGGACCCUUAGCUUCAAAGUCCCGUUGGGAUUUUCAUUUUAUCUCGAUUGGUUGCGAAGGUAUCCCAGUUUGAAUGGGUGCAUGUAAAAUGUCACAUGGUGUACCACUGAGUUCACCAUGUGACAGCCCCUGGGCACCAUGUGACACCUGAGACUAAUGUGAAAAAAUUGCUGUAUUUCAAUGGCAAUAUUCGUAAAUGUAUUUCAAAAAUGGUUAGGAAAGCAAGGAAACACAUCUAUGUUAAUCAAAAUUAAAUUGUGAUUUAAGUGUGAUAACCCCACCCCGCAUCGUCCUUCAGAAG